UAGAAGAAGAACAACAACAAUGAACGCACCUCUGGCUCCACCUGGUGGGGCCGGUGAGUCUUUACAGCCGUGUACGUCAUCAACUGUAGACGCACUACCACAGGAAAACCACAGCAAGAAUGCUUUUCUACUCGUUUUUCAAGUCGCUGGUGGGGAAGGACGUGGUGGUGGAGCUCAAAAACGACCUGAGCAUCUGUGGAACGCUUCACUCUGUCGACCAGUACCUGAACAUCAAGUUGACAGACAUCAGUGUCACAGAUCCAGAGAAAUAUCCACAUAUGCUGUCGGUGAAAAACUGCUUCAUCCGCGGAUCCGUGGUGCGAUAUGUUCAGCUGCCGGCAGACGAAGUGGACACGCAACUGCUUCAAGAUGCCGCGCGAAAAGAAGCCAUGCAGCAGAAGCAGUGAUGGGGUCUGGUACGGGGGGGUCGUGGGUGGGUGGGUAACAGGUAGAGGGAUGAGGCAUGACUACUUUAGGUCUUGUAAUAACUUUAUGUACACAGCUGUUGAAUAGCCAUUUGAUUUACUUGUUAAAAAGGCCAUUUUUAGUGCAUUCCUGACAGUCAUUUGCAGAGGCGUGUUUAUUGGAGUUGUCUUGACCUCAAAGUGUGGCGCCUUUAACUGAUUCCUUUUAGUUUAGAAGAAUUUAUUUUAUUUUCCUCAUCAAGGAAUUAUCCUGCCUUUCGCCUCAACAUGUUGAAUUUUGUUUUUGAUGUUGGAGAAAGAAGUUUCUGUGUCAACAUCUGCUGUGACGAUGGAAGACGUUUUGUAAUUAAGUGUAUUUUUUGGAAAUAAAGCUAAAAAA